AUGGAGAGAACAGAAAGCAAUACCGAAUGUGAGCAUGUGAUUAAUAUAACAACAAAUAGCAAUGAAGCUUCAUCAUCUAGCUCAACUCUCAAUGGGUCAAACUUAAGACAGAAUGAAGAUCUCCCUUCAACAAAUCAACAAUCUCCAGUCUUGCAACAUUCUUUAUCUACCACAAAUGCAAGGAAUACAUCAUUUGCUAGGAGGGGGAAUGGGAAUGGGAAUGGAAACGGAAGGCGUAGGAGUCCAUUGAAUUCCGGUUACUGGAUAUCAGUGGAAUUAGUGAUUACAGUGAGCCAAAUUAUAGCAGCCAUUGUUGUUUUAUCUUUGUCAAGGGAUGAACACCCUCAUGCUCCAUUGUUCACAUGGGUUAUUGGUUAUGCUUCUGGAUGUGUUGUAACACUCCCUCUUCUCUUUUGGCGUUUUCAUAACCGAAAUGCUUCAACUCAAGAAGCAUCACAGGCUCGUCAAAAUUCGACACCUGGCAAUCUGUCUGCCAUUGCAAGUUCUUUCACUUCAUCUUCAAAUGGAAGGAUUUUGGAAGGGGACAAUCGGAACACUGCUGUGACAUCUACAAGAAGACUCACAAUGGGAGCAUUAAGUGCAAGAGUGAAAGUGCUUGUUGAAUAUUUCAAAAUGGGAUUGGAUUGCUUCUUUGCAGUCUGGUUUGUGGUUGGAAAUGUGUGGAUCUUUGGAGGCCAUUCUUCCUCUUCUGAAGCUCCCAACUUGUACAGGUUGUGUAUAGUGUUUCUUACCUUUAGUUGUAUCGGAGAAGAUCUUGCACAAAAUAGAGGAGCCACUACAGAGUCCAUUAAUUCUCUUCCCACUUACAAAUUCAAGAAACAUAAAAAUGAUAAAGAGAACAACUCUAGUAGUAGUAGCACCUCUGAAGGUGGGAUUGUGGCUGCUGGAACUGAAAAGGAACGUGCCAUAUCAGGAGAAGAUGCGGUGUGUUGCAUAUGUUUGGCCAAGUAUGCAAAUGAUGAUGAAUUGAGGGAGUUGCCUUGUUGUCAUUUCUUCCACGUGGAGUGUGUUGACAAAUGGUUGAAGAUUAAUGCCACGUGUCCACUUUGCAAGAGUGAAGUCGGUGAGACCAUUUUGAGUUCGUUAACGGAAGCAACUGCUAGUUUGAGAAGAAGCACUGUGUAUUAGAUUUUGAAAAGUUUUUUUUUUUUUUUUUUUGUAUAUGUUAAUAUGGAAGUCUGUGUUGUUUGAUAAGUGAAUAGAUGU